AUGUCUGACUCGAACAUUCCCCCAACCUCCAUUCCCACGGCCCUUAAAGCCCCCAAUGUCGCCAUCGUCGGCGGGGGCCUGAUCGGUGUGAUGCUUGGGCUCGGCCUCUCGCACCGCGGUAUUCCCUUUACUAUCUAUGAACGCGCCUCGGACUGGCAUGAGAUUGGCGCCGGCGUCGCCCUGACCAGCGUCGCACAGAGCAGCAUGCAGCGACUACACCCGGAGGUCCUCGCUGCGCUCCACCGAGUCGCCAGAGCCAAUCAUUUCAGCUUCUGGGAUGGCUUCCAUCCCGCGACCCAUGAGGCGGCUCAAGACGCCUCGGAGGCUCUGCACUUCCUGCUUGAUGCGCCGGGGACCGACUAUUGGUGCUGCAUGAGGUCCCAGUUCCUCCGCGAGCUGGUGGCUCUGCUCCCUGCGGGAUCGACCUGUUUCAACAAGGAACUCGAGAGUUAUGUCGAUGAUCCGAGCCGCCAACAGGUUCUUUUGCGGUUUACGGAUGGAACCACUGCUGAAGCAGAUGCUUGUGAGUUUUCCGGUGUACGCUCCUCGGCAAAUACUGACUCGGCAAAAGUACUCGGCUGCGAUGGCAUUCAUUCACGGACUCGUCAGCUCCUUUUGGGAGAUGACAGCCCGGCGGCGCACGCCAGUUUCACCCAUCAGGUGGGCUACCGCGCCGUGCUCCCUAUCUCCGAAGCGAUCGAGGUCUUGGGCGAUGCCAAGGGGGGUCGCGACUUUUGCAUCCAUAUUGGCCCAAAUGCCUACGUCCCUUCCUAUCCUAUGUUAAACGGGACAGAGACAGUCCUGAACAUGACGACGGUCAUCUACACCCCCGAACCAUGGCCUCACGGGCAGAAGAUGGUCGCGCCGGCAACCCACGACGAAGUGGCCCAGGUCUUCAAGGACUGGAGCCCGCCUAUCCGCGCUCUCAUCGCCAAGUUCCCGGAGAAGCUGAUGAAGUGGGGCAUCUUUGACAUGGCCGACCACCCCGCACCGACGUAUGCGCGCGGCCGCGUCGCCAUCGUCGGUGACGCGGCUCAUGCCAGCACGCCGUUCCUCGGCGCCGGCGGAGCAAUGGGCAUUGAAGAUGCGCUGGCCAUGGCGUCCGCGAUGCAGCUUGUCAGCGCAACUUCGACCAGCGCCGCGUCGAUCCCCGCUGCGCUGCAGGCAUUCAGCGCGGUGCGCCGGGAAAGGUCCCAGUGGUUGGUGCAGAGCUCGCGCGAGAUGGGAGUCAUCUUUCAGUGGCGGGAUGCUGCCGCGGGAAAUGAUGGCGAACGGUUUAGGGUCGAGGCCGAGCAGCGGACUCAUAAGAUAUGGGACUUUGAUGUCGAUGGCAUGGUUGACCAGGUCCGGCGGGAGUUUGAGCAACGGACAGCGGGAGCGGCGUAA